CUGUUGCCCACUAUCCCACACCCACACAUUUUAUUUCCAAAAAACAAAAACAAAAAAAGCUUUUAGGUUUUCACCAUCAAUGGCGCCGACCAAGCGUAAAGCCGACGACAAACCUUCCGACAAUCACAACACAACAACCAGAGUCACCCGCAGCUCGACGCGCCAAGCCACUCAGCAGUCUAUAAAGCUGGUGGCUGAGCCGAAGACCAAAAAGGCUAAAGUUACCCCCAAGAAGAAGCCGGAAUCAAAAGCUAAAAUAACUGAAGCACCCCCUCCGUCUUCUAAGGCUGAAAAUGGCUCCAAGACCAUCGUCAUUGAGCACUGUAAACAGUGCAACCAGUUUAAAGUUAGGGCUGUUAAGGUGAAGCUUGGUUUGGAGGAUGCUGUAUCUGGAAUUACUGUGCUUGUCAACCCAGAAAAGCCUAGAAGGGGAUGCUUUGAAGUGCGAGAAGAAGGUGGCAAGACGUUCAUCAGUCUUCUGGAUAUGAAGCGACCAUUUGCACCUAUGAAGGCUUUGGACAUGGAUGCUGUCAUAUCUGACAUCGUCAACCAGAUCCAGUGAUUGUAUUUAACCUAAAUGACUUGUUGAAGUAGCAGCAGCCAUGCGUAUAUUUUGAUCAAUGUUUCUUAGGAAAACGUUAAACCCUUUUUGGUGGUAACCAACUCGAAACAUUUCAACGCUUCCUAGAUGUAAUCUGUUGCUCGUUAGCCUCUAUGUUUCUUUUGUUAUAUUAGUUCAAUGAUCUGAGUUGCUAAAA